GCCAUAUGAUAUUCCUGUGUAUUAGUCUCUCACACAAAAAAGAAAUAAACUAGAGACCCACAAACAGCCAUUGUUUUACUCCCACCUUUGAGGAGGAGACAGCGACAGCCACCCAAUAAAUUAAACGCGAACAGAAACAGUACCUUUUUCCUUGCAGCCACGAGACAUGAAGAAACCUCGAAGUGGCUCCUUAAUAAUAAACGCUAUUGGAUGCCAAAACAUCAAAAACAGAAACAACGGUAAUAGCAGCAAGAACAGCAGCAGCAGCAGCAGCAGCAACAGUCACAAUAAAAAGAAUAACAGAAGAAGCUUCUAUGAGCUCUCUUUGUCCUUGAUUCUCUUGCUUUGGUGCCUUGUCUUGUUGUUCUACACUAGACUUGGCCUUAGCCACGAGAAUGAAGGGAAUUUGAAUCCUGAUAACAGAAGCAUACCUUGUCCUGGUGUUUUUAAACAUAAGCUUUGCAAUGAUACACAUUCACACGUUACAAAGAGAAGCUAUAACAAUACAAAUGGAGUGCUGCUAGAGCUUAAUCUGUCUUCCAGCUGUAACAAUUCCACAGUUCAUAUUAACAUUGCGAAUCAGAAGUACUCAAUUUCGGAGACUAAUAGUAUAGAAGAUAUUAUUUGGAGUUUUUUAGGUUACAGAUCUUUAGUUUGUAAAGUGCAAGAAGUGGAAGGAUGGGAGACAGGUAAACCCAAGGAGCUACCUGGUGGGAAAACUCAUCAUUCCACUUAUCUCAAUUUGGAUGAAUUUCGCAACAUAACAAGGCAAGAGAAAGGGCAACAAAUGCCCAAUCAGCUCGUCAACAUCACCCAUCGGCUUGAACCUGAUGGAAAAGAGUACAACUUUGCCUUUGCUAUGAAGGGUGCAAAGGUUGUGGCACAUAAUAAGGAAGCAAAAGGGGCAGAUAAUAUACUGGGGAAGGAUCAAGAUAAGUACCUAAGAAACCCUUGUUCUGUGGGAGGGAAGUUUGUUGUGAUUGAGCUUUCGGAGGAGACAUUAGUUGAUGUUGUCAAAAUUGCCAACUUUGAGCAUUAUUCUUCUAAUUUCAAGGAUUUUAACUUGUCUGGAAGUUUAAAUUAUCCAACUGAAGCUUGGACUGAGUUGGGAAACUUUGUUGCUGCUAAUGUCAAGCAAAGUCAAAGCUUCAAGCUGCCUGAACCCAAAUGGGUGAGGUACUUAAAGUUGGAGCUACUUAGUCAUUAUGGGUCCGAAUUUUACUGCACAUUGAGUGUUGUUGAGGUGUAUGGAGUAGACGCUAUUAAGCGUAUGCUUGAAGAUCUCUUUGUAGACCCUGGAGAAACUAGUCCCAGCAAAUUGCCAAAGCCUGAUGCAACUGCAAUACCACCUUUGAAGUCAGAAUUGGAUCUCAUUGAUGAGAAAAGAAAUGGCAAAGUUCAAAAUGGGGCUGAUAGUGCCACUAUGGGUACAGAAAAAACUGAUGAUUCUCAACAGCUCCAUGCAACUACAACAAAGGAGACUGUGACUAUAAGCAAGAUUCCUAAUCCUGCUACUGAAGUUAAACAGCAGCCAAUUAGCAGAAUGCCUGGUGAUGCUGUUCUAAAGAUCUUGCUGCAGAAGGUGAGGUCACUUGAGUUGAACUUAUCUGUGUUGGAGGAGUUUAUUAAAGAAAUGAAUAGGAGACAAGGAGAUAUCUUGCCUGACCUUGAGAAAGAGCUAUCCAGAGUUUCAUUUCUUUUGGAGAAGAGCAAAGCGGAAAUUAAUGAUCUUGUGGAAUGGAAGGAAAAUAUGGAUAAAGGACUUUCAGACCUUGAGUCAUGGAAAGCUACCGUCUCAUCUCGUAUGGAUGCAUUGGUCAGAGAAAAUAUCAUGUUGAGAUUAGAUGUUGAAAAGGUUGUAAAUGAUCAAGCAAAUCUGGAGAGCAAGGAGCUUGCUGUAUUAGCAAUGAGUCUUUUCUUCAUGUGCUUUGCAACUAUCAAGCUAGUUUCAGCAAGAGUUAUGAAAAUUUUGGGAGCUUCUCAGUCAGAUAAGGUAUGCCGGACAAGUAGAGGUUGGGUUAUGAUACUUGUUAGCAGCACAAUGACACUAUUCAUCACCCUCCUCUCUUAGCUAGUCCCUUCUCUGUGUAACUUGAGUAAUGUUAGCAAGAAUUUUUUUUUAACAUUUUUUGGGGUAUCUAAGUCAGAUAAUAUGUGCCAGAAAGUAGAAGUUGGGUUGCGAUACAUGUAAACAGACACACUGUACCACUACUUGUUAACCUGCUCUCUAGAGCCCCUAUCUUUGUAGCUCUAGAAAAUCAAAUUUUUAUUCAUAUCUGGCCUUGGCCUUUAUAUUUGUAGCUUUCAUGCUACUGCAGAAAAUGUUGAUACUUUAUCUUUUGCUUGAA